UCCACAACAAUAAACCGUCUGUAAAAUCUAGAAAUUUGGAUUAGCUGUCCGUCUUCAACUAAGAUCUAAUUCCUAUCUUCAUCCAACGAGUAUUAUCAUUUCCAACAUCGGCAAGCAAUCAGUCGUGUCAUAUUAAACUCACUGUUACAUAAUUAAAAUAAAAGAGAAGCAUAAUAUCAACAUUACCGCAAAAUAAAGAACUGCGACUUGUUUGAUUGGUAGUAGAAAAAUCUCAGAGGUGUUCUUCUCAAGAAAUCUUUCACUAAACAAUGAAUCAAUCUUCAAAGUUUUUAGUCUUUCUCAUAACUUUCUAUUCAUUCUCUGUAAUCUCUUCAUCUACAGCAGCAGUUCUUCCUAGCUAUAAUAAUGGAACAACAGUUUAUGAAAUCUUAAACGAGUUUGGACUUCCGAGUGGACUCCUACCUAACUCGGUCAAAAAUUUCUCAAUAGAUGAAGAUGGAAAAUUCAUCGUUGAAUUAAAAGAUAAAUGUUACAUCGAGUUUUCUUACUUAACUUAUUAUGAUCGUGUGAUCACUGGAGUUCUUAAAUAUGGUUCAAUUAGAAAUCUUAAAGGAAUUCAAGUUCGGAAAUUCUUAGUUUGGCUUGAUGUUGAUGAAAUUAGGGUUGAUUUGCCUCCUGCUAAUUUUAUCUAUUUUCAUGUUGGUUGGAUCAAUAAAAAGCUUGAGGUUAAGCAGUUUCAGACAAUUCGUUCUUGUCAGGGUGAUGGAGUUUCUUCUGUUCAACAGGUUUGGUUUGGUCUUCUAGAGGUACCAGCACCUGUGAGGGAAAUACCGAUCUUACUUACGGAGUAAUAUCUGAAGACUGCUUUGAUCUUGUUGUGUGAGCUGUGAGAUACUAUCUUUUUACUAUCUCCUAAUAUGAUGUUAUAAAAAAGUAUAAAUAGAAAGCAAAGGUUCUUUUUUAUGUCUUGGUUGUCAUUCUCAAACUAGCAUAAAGACUUACCCUUGUACGUAUAAUUAGAUUACUCGUUGGUCAUCUCUCUCUUAACUGUACAAAUUAGGUUUUGCUUAUUUAGGUUGUUUUUUAAUUUCAGUAAGCAAAUAAUUAUGCUUUGAAGACUCCUCAUCUUAGACCUGGAAAUUUGUGAUUCAUAUUAUCUUCUUUAAAGUCAACAAAGUUUUCAUUUUCUGCUUCUAA